AUUCUAUAGUUAUCCUUCUUCAUUUAUCGACAAGACAUUCCGAAAAUUCUUCUCUGGCUACGUAACAUCUCAAUCAUUUCGCCCAUUUUUUGAUAACGAAGCUCAGUUCAUACAAAUGCGUAACGGAUUAUCUGGACAACCAAGUCGAAAACAAUCUCAAGUCGAAAUGAGAAUUGCAACACUUACGAAUGAUAAUGACCAUUUAGUUGAAGAUUUAGAUAAAAAAGAAGAAUUCAUCAUUCAAAAGAAUAAGAAUCCAAACAAACUUCAAAAUAUACUAAUAAUUCAUUAUACACACGAGAAAAACGAAACUGAUAGUUGGGAACAAUAA